CUCAGCCCAGGAGCUGUGGGCGGGAAGCAGCGGCCCAUACCCCCUCUCCGAGGCCGACUGCUGUCCACCCUGUGCCGGGCCGCUGGGCGCCUGUCGGUGAUGUCGCCGCGCCCCGUCUCCGUGCGGACCCCGCUCUGCAGACGCCGAGGCUCUGAGCGGUCGGUACUCGUGGAGGUCACACUGCUAGGAACUGGCAGAACCGGGUUGGGACCAGGUUUGCCCCCCAGAGCGGCGCCGUUAACCCCCGCCCCACUGACGCAGCAGUGGCUCCCCUGGGUGUUUGGUCCAGCAGCGAGUCAGAGCAGCUGCAUCUGAGCAGGCGUUUGCGCAGCGUCGUGCUGGAGCCGGUGGUGCUCUGCUUGCCCACAUCCAGCAAGGCCUCUGGGAACGCCGCCUUUGGUGGGUGGCCCCCCACGCUCAUCUGCUAGAGAGUUCGGGAAGAAAAGACGGAUAGGAGGGUGUGCGCGGGACACCCUUGACUGGCUGGAGGCGCCAUUACAGUGGAUGGCAGUGAAUCUGGCAUGUGGCUUGUGAUCAGGGAACUGCCUACUCAGGACUAGAAUUUGUGACUCUAAUCUUCUUCCUGUUGUCCUGACUUGCCUGAGCUGUGGGGCGGGGGGCGCGGGGGGGCUGUCUUUCCAACCCAAAGUGCCUUUUCCCCACAGGGAAGCCUCAUCCCUGGCCUGUCCAGGGCACGCUGCAUCUUUGAAUCUGUUGGUAGUUUGUUGCUCAUUGGCAGAGCUGAUUGGCUCCUAGCUGAAUUCAGCUUACAGAUGUUUGAGUAUAAACGGAGUGCGUUCUCCAGGAAGGAGAGGAGCUGAGUUCUGAUGAACCUCAAGGGUGUUUCCCAUUGGUGGUGCUUUUGUUUGUCCCACUGGGCAAUACCCGGUGUGGCAGGAGUCUGGGCACGGCCCCCCUUUCAGGUCCUUCCCAUCCCCAUUACACAGUCUCCAUCAGCUCCAUGAAGGUCCUGUGUUCAGGCUGCUGCCUACAGCGUGGCAUUGGCACUCGAUGGCACUAGCAGGGCCAGUUUGGAAGUUCUUGGUUUUCUUACCCGCCUUGGGAAGAGUGAGAGGCCAGAAUGGGGCUGUGGGCGGGAGGGCACAGUGAGGAGGUUUUGCUUUGCUGUUUCUAGCCCCUGUGUCUGUGCUUGUGUCUCCUGGGGGUUUCUCUAUCAAUGCUUUGUUCUCCUAUCCCACUGUCUCCUUAGCUCUUCACCUUCUCAGACUCCCCAGAUACUACUAUUCCUAAGAAAGGUUUCUGUUCCUUUAGCAGACAUUUGUGGAUAUCAGAUACUCCCUGUAUAGAUCCUGUACGAGGGGCCGGAGGCGCUGCCGCCAUGACACACAGGGCCCUGCCCUCAGGGCUUCCUGCACAGUGCUGGCGUCUGUCUCCGGGUGGGUCUGCCCCUGUGAACAUGAACACCCACACAUGCCCCUAUGUCCAACUCUGGGCCAUGGGAGAGCAGGCUUGGACUUCCCAGGCUCCAAGGGCCUGGUCCUCGUCCUCUGGCAGCCUGGCCACCACUACUCUUUACGCACUGGGUGACCAGCUUGCCAUGGCUGGCCGUGGGCUCAGAAACCAGGCAGCAGGGCCAUUCCAGUGUACGUCCCCUCCCCUACGUGGCUUCAGCCUCUGCAGAGCCAGGAGAAGUAGUGUGGGGCGCGGGCUCCAGCAGGGCUGACCUGGGCAUGCAGUCUCUCCAGGGGCCCAGGAGUGUCGUGCCGUUUCUCCCAUCGCAGUUGCCCGGAGGCAGAAGGGGCCAUGGACACUGACGCGGAGAGGGAGAGGAUCACACGGGAGAUCCGGGAGCUGGAGAGGAUCCUGCAUCCCAGCUCCUCGGACAUCGGCGUGGAGCUCUCGGAGUCCAGUCUCGACUCGGAUUCUGACGCAGAUUUGCUGCACGGCGAGGACUCAGAUGCCCCUGGUCCCCCAGUCUCGGAAGAAGAAAGGUGGGGUGAGGUCAGCAACGAAGAGGAGGACCCCAAGGACAGAAACCUUCCCGAGGACCCAGAGACCUGCCUGCAGCUGAACAUGGUCUACCAGGAGGUCAUCCAGGAGAAGAUUGCAGAAGUCAACUUGCUGCUGGCCCAGAACCACGAGCAGCAGGAGGAAAUCACGUGGGAUCUGGCUGGCUCCAAGGGCCCCAAGGCGAAGGGUAGGAAGAGCCUGCCCCCCCACGUGUACAUCGGGCACUUCAUGAAGCCUUACUUCAAGGACAAGGUCACUGGAGUGGGGCCUCCGGCCAAUGAGGACAUGCGGGAGAAGGCAGCCCAGGGUGUCAAGUCCUUUGAGGAGCUUCUGGUGACCAAGUGGAAGAGCUGGGAGAAGACCCUGCUUAGAAAGUCUGUGAUGAGUGACCGCCUGCAGCGCCUGCUUCAGCCUAAGCUACUGAAGCUUGAGUACCUGCAACAGAAGCAGAGCCGGGUUUCGGGUGAGGCGGAGAGGCAGCUCCUGGAAAAGCAGCUCCGAGACACGGAGAAGGAGAUUGAGGACAUCCACCAGCUUCCGGAAGAAGCUCUUCUGGGGAACAGACUAGACAGCCACGACUGGGAAAAGAUUUCCAACGUGAACUUCGAAGGCGGCCGCAGCGCGGGGGAGAUCCGGAAGUUCUGGCAGAAUUGUGAGCACCCGAGCAUCAACAAGCAGGAGUGGGGCGGGGAUGAGGUGGAGCGGCUGAAGGCCAUCUCAGCCCAGCACGGCCACCUGGAGUGGCAGAAGAUAGCCGAGGAGCUGGGGACACAGCGUAGCGCCUUCCAGUGCUUGCAGAAGUUCCAGCAGCACAACAAGGACCUGAAGCGCAAGGAGUGGACAGAGGAGGAGGACUGCAUGCUCACCCAGCUGGUGCAGGAGAUGCGUGUCGGCAGCCACAUUCCCUACCGCAGAAUUGUCUACUACAUGGAAGGACGAGACUCCAUGCAGCUCAUCUACCGCUGGACCAAGAGCCUGGACCCCAGCCUGAGGAAGGGCUGCUGGGCCCCCGAGGAGGAUGCUAAGUUACUUCAGGCUGUUGCCAAAUAUGGGGCGCAGGACUGGUUUAAGAUCCGGGAGGAGGUACCAGGCAGGAGCGACGCCCAGUGCCGAGACCGGUACCUCAGAAGAUUACAUUUCAGCCUUAAAAAGGGACGAUGGAAUCCAAAAGAAGAAGAAAAAUUAAUAGAAUUAAUAGAAAAACAUGGGGCUGGUCACUGGGCAAAAAUUGCAGCAGAGCUGCCCCACCGGACGGGCUCCCAGUGUCUGAGCAAGUGGAAGAUCAUGGUUGGGAAGAAGCAGAGACGCCAGCGGAGGCGGCGGCGGCCCCAGCGGUGCGUCCAGUGGAGUUCUAGCAGCAGCAGCGGGGACAGCGAGGGCAGCAGGGACGCCAGCAGCAGCAGCGAUGACUCAGAGACAGAGCUGGAGGACGCCUCAGGGGCCAGUGGGGGAAGCGAGGCGUCGCCGUCAGCCCAGUAUGUGGUGCCCAGUGUGGACCUGUGGGUUCCCGCCAGGCAGAGCGCCACGGAGCCAUGCAAAGAGGGUGCACAGGGCUGGCUGAGACGGCCACCUCCCCCCGCAAGCCCUCCCAAGGAGGUCGAGGCCACCCACGGUGGCACCGAGGAAGCGUCCGCCACAGCUUCAGCUCCCAGAGUGGACACAAACCAGGCCAGUGACCAGGAGCUGGGGGACAAGAGCGGGACGCCCCUGCAGAAAGUGCCCCUGGAGACGGUGCUGCAGGUGCUGCGGGCCAACACUGCUGCCCGGGGCCGGGAGCUGAAAGAUAAGCUGAGGCAGCCACCCCUGCCUUGCCCGGCCCCAGGGCCCAGCCUGGAGGGCAGCCCACCCAGGACCCGUGGGCAGCGCCUGUGGCCCAGCUCCACCCUGAAUGGGCAGCGGCGCCAGAGGCAGAGACGUGCCUUGCAGCGGAGGCUCCUCAACCGUCGGCUCCUGAUGGCCGUGAGCCCCUGGGUGGGUGACAUCACCCUGCCCCGGACACACGGGCCCCGGAGGCCUGAGGCAGCGCAGACGAGAGCUGACGGCAUCUGGAGACAGCUGCAGAGCGCCCACCUGGCAAGCACACCAGUGUUUACCCUACUAAUCCAGCUCUUCCAGAUUGACGCUGAUGGCUGCAUGGCGGUCAUCCGUGAGAGGAGGACCCAGCCGCCCGCCGCGCUGCACCGUCUGCAGGUGCCCCUGAGUGCCCAGCACUGCCCAGGUGGCCUCGUCCCAGUCAUACCAACUCAGGAACCUGUAAGGCAGAGCACCGGCCACAAAGGGAGCAGAGGGCUGGGACCCCGCCAGCCCGAGUCCACCCCGUUGCCGGCCCCCUCGUCAGGCCCCCGGCCCAAGCCCAAGACUGUGUCAGAGUUACUUCGGGAGAAGAGGCUGCGGGAGACCCGGGCCAGGAGGACCACUCUGGGUGCAAGGACGCUCCCACUCCAGCUGCUAAUCUCCUCACCUGGAGCCCCCCUGCCCGCUCUGCGGCCAGCCCCCCAAGGACCUGCAGCCCCAGGACUGGCUGUUUGCAAUGUGGCGCUCCCAGGACUUGGGGCCCCCACAGGGGCUGCCCCAGGCACUGCUGACCUUUUGCAGGGCGCUCAGACCCCAGCCAAAGAAGAGAAACCCCGCUCCCCGCAAGCCCCAGCCCCCACCCUCACAGGGGCCAGGAGCUCAGCCCCCGAAGCCUCCAGAAGCCAAGUGUUGGGCCCCCUUCUCAGCCAGCAGAGUGUCCUGGGGCAGUCACAGGCCCUCCGCACGCCCCGGAAGCAGGGUCUGCCUGAGCUGCCGCCCCUUCUCCCUGCAGCCCCCAGCCCUGCACGGCUGCCUGCCUUCAGCCUGGUGCCAACCCGUGUGGCAGCCAGCACCACCCUGCCUGUCACCUGGGUGCUUACGGCCCCAGGGUUGCUGCCUCUGUCUAUGCCGGCUAUGGUGGGCGUCCCCCAGCCUGCGGGGACCCCAGCCCCAGGGCUGCUGCGCAUAUCUGUGCCGGCCAUGGUAGGCCCCCCCCAGCCUGCGGGGUCUGCGGCCUCAGGACCGUCAGGGACUCUGCUGCCCUCCCCAGCUGAGACUCUGGCUAACCAGUGCACCCAGGCCUUGCCCUCCAGAACGCCCUCCAAACGCCACAGUCCUGCAGAGGCAGCUGAGGACGUGGUCCGUGCCCCAGGGAGACCUUCUUCCCCAGGAGCUGCGUGGGGGGCCAGAGAGACUGCUGCGCCCCCUCCCCCACCCGUAAUGGCCUCCCAGGCCCCACUCCUGUCCAGCCACCCGGAAGAGGAGCUGCCCCAGCCUAGCCACCUGCCUCCCCACGGUCAUGCUGGCCCAGGGAGCUGUCCAACGGGGACACCUGGGCCUCCCUCCGGAUCAGGGGUCCCUCUAAUCCUGGAGAAGCCACCCUCACCCCAGCCUGGUCCUAAGAAGGGCACCCUGGACCUGAGCCUCCUCUCCUCAGAGGACACAGUGGACAUGCAAGCGUGGUUGAGGGGGCAGCGGGGGGUGUGUGUGCCGCCCCUGGGGAACAGAUUGCCCUACCAGCCCCCCACCGUGUGCACCCUGAGGGCCCUGGCCAGUCUCCUGCUCCAUAAGGAAGCUUUGGAGCACAAGGCUGCUGCCCUGAUGCCUGGCAGGGCAGCAGGGGACGAGCACAGGUCCCCAGCCGGAGCCCUGCAGGCGGCGCUGGGGAUGGUACACAUGCGGCUCGGGAACAGCCCGGCCUACUUGCUGCUCAAGGCCCGCUUCCUGGCGGCCUUCUCCCUGCCUGCCCUCCUGGCCACUCUCCCCCCACACGGCGUCUCCACCACCCUGUCAGCUGCUGCCGGACCAUACCCCGAGAGUGAAAGCGAGGACCUGGGGGAGCCCGAGCCCUCUGAUGAGGAGGGCGGCACAGCCUCCAGCCUCCUGGAGGGGCUGCAGCCAGGCCCUGGCCAGGGCUCAGCCCUCUGCUGCCUGGACACCCCCGACGACUUCCGUGUGCUCAGGACACGGCACAGCCGUAAGCGAAGGCGGCUGUCCUGAGCAGGUGAGUCCAGGAGGACACACCUGGCCUGAAGCCACUGCUUCUCAGGACAGGCAGAGCUGCCGCACGAGGGAAGAGGCACUAGCUGUUCUCGUCUGCACCGUGUCGUCCUCAUGUCCCCUCACCAGAGGGCUCGUUUGGCCCCAAGUGAAAAUCUGAAUAUUUAGGGGAAUAAAGAAAUGUCUAUUUUUUUAUUGAAAAGCAAACAAAUCA